AUGAUCAAAUCGUGCGUCGCUCGCCUUGCCAUCUCCAGUAAGUGGGGUUCGGCGGGCCUCAUCGUCACGGUGCACAGGGCCGUCGGGGUGCAAGUGCAGGGGCAGCUGCCGUGGUCGCCAGUGCACAUCUAUGUGGAGGUGGAGUGCGGAGAGAACCCCGUGAAACGCACUUGCGUCCGGCCCGACGGCAGGUUCGAGGAGCAGUUCAAGUUGCAUGUGCAGGCCAUGGACAGCAGCAUGUUGAUCAGGCUGAAGAACCAGGGCGUGCUCGGCACGGUGGACGUCGGCUACGUCCACAUCGACAUCCAGUCCGACAUCGUGGACGCGGGUUCUUUGCGCGAGAAGGUCUUCGAGAUCGAGGCGGGCGAGGGCGACACCCUCAGAUGGACCAAGCCCAAGCACAUCUGA